CGAGUUUCGGGCAGGCUGCAUGAGCGUCUUCAAUCCGUCCCGGUCUGCAUGCAGUUUGGCCUUCCAUGAGCUUCAGCCUGAGUAUACCUCUGCUCUUUACUUCUCCCUCAGCUGACUCCUCUUUUGUUCUCUCAGGCCUGUCUCCCGUCGUGUUUCACCUGGAAUCCAGGCACUUGUCCUGGCAGCGAUGUUGGAUAUUCUGAUUGUUGGUGGAGGCCCUCAUGCCCUGACUCUGGCCACCCUGCUGGCCCAUCCUGAUGUGCGCUACCCACAGCCCAGCACAGACAUCCUGGAUGGCAUCCAGCUGAGUCAGCCCAAGACCAGGAGUGGCUGGUCCAGGGGCAAGAGGAGACCCGCCACUGCAGAGGAGUCAAUGGAGGAAGCAGCUCCUGGUCCCGCCCCCACCCCUCCUCUGCACUUCAGGGUGGUGGACUCCUAUGGAGAGUGGGCCGCACUGUGGGGGAGCCAGUUCUCCGCACUCAACAUCCCACACCUUCGCUCACACACCCUGGUGCACACUGACCCCCUAAACAAGAAAGCCCUGCAGGAUUUCGUGGUGAAACACGGUCGCACCGGCGAGCUGCACUGCCUUCCGGAGCACGUGCACAUCCUGGACGAGAACGCCUACUUCAACGACAACCGCCUGGCCAAGAGGGACAAGCGACGCCUGAGCGCCAGCGCCGGGACGCGGAAGAACCUGUACUUCAGCCUGCCGGCCACCCGGCUCAGCGUGGACUUCUUCCAGGACCAGGUUCGCAGGUAUGGGCUGGACAGUGUCCUGAUAAGAGGCACAGUGGAUAGGAUUAUUCCUGUCAUGUCAGGCCAGUCAGCUGCGCUGGAGGAGCCUGGUGAACACAAGGAGGCGCUGUCCUUCAGGGUGCUGCUGCAAGACGGGAACAUUAUUGAAGCCAGGAGGGUAGUCAUGGCGACAGGCCCCACCCGGGCUCAGAUGGCCAACAUCCCUGCCUGGGUGUCUGCCAUCACUGAGAGCUACCCAGAGGACCGCCUACAGCACACCGUGCAGCUUAUGCAUCAGCAGGCUCACUCAUGGCAACAGGAAGCAGGAACCCUGCUGCAGGAAGCAGGAACCCUUCAACAGGAAGCAGGAACUCAAGAACAGGAAAGCAGGCCAAACUCCCCAGCCUCACCUCUUGUUUGCCACACUGGGGAGAGGAUGCUGGUGAUUGGAGGAGGCCUGACCAGCGCUCACAUCAUCUCCAUCGCUCUGCAACGGGGAGCCAGUCAUGUGACCUGGAUCAUGCGCAAACAUUUACAGCUGAAGCAGUUUGACGUGGGAGACGUGGAGAGUUUGGUCGGGCGCUACUCGCACGUGGAGCACGGGAUCCAGAUGGACGGGCGGGCUUACCUGCGGCAGUUCUACAACGAGAGGAGCCUGACGCGGCGGUUGGCCAUGAUCCGGCAGGCCAGGAAGGGCGGGGCGGUCACGCCCGAGGCCUACGCACAGCUGCUGCCCUACAUCCAGAAUGGCCAACUGGCUGUGAAACCGUACUGCCAGGUCUCAGAAGCCAAGUGGUGCUACAGGAACCAGGCCUGGAGUAUAUCUCUGAGCUCUGGGGAACAUUGGACUGGGGACAGGAUCUGGUUAGCCACUGGCUGCAAACUAGAUGUCAAACAAGAUCCCCUGCUUGCUGAUGUCAUCAAAGAAUUCCCUAUUCAGGUCCUGGAUGGUUGGCCAUGUUUAUCAGAUAGCCUGCAGUGGGCUCCUGGCUGCCCCCUUUACCUGAUGGGACAAUAUUCUGCUCUUCAGAUCGGGCCACAUGCAGUGAACCUUGCUGGGGGGCAGGCAUCAAGCAUGCGCAUUGCCAAGGACAUACUGAGCUGGCACAGAGGGGUCAGAGAGGGACGGAGAGCAGAACGGACAAGGACAGAGGAGUACAUACAGCAGAUGCAUGGACUGAUGUGGCUGUGA